GCAGUGACGCAACAUGAAUUUCAUGGUUCCUAUUAUGUACAUACGUGUCCACAUAAAUCUGUGCGUAUCAAUUUUAUUAUCUUAAAAAGUUUACGUUUAGAAGAAGAACACUCUUAUCUUGUGACUCUUACCUUAGUAGAUCGUUCGAUGCUGUUGUCGAUGAUAAUUGCGAUUAUGUCCAUUUUACAUGCAAUCAGAUAACGAUUGAAAUCAAAUUUUCCAUUUAACAUUAACGAUAUAAGAAGAGAAUGAUUGAUAUUUCUUUUCGGUAUUGGUAAAAUUAUUAGAAAGACAUAAGCAUUGUGAACAAUUGGGAUUUCGGGGGAACCAAUAAUUUGUAAAUCGCGUAUCAAAAAAGAGAAAAUCUAGUAACAUGGCAGCCUUGCCUAAUGAAAGAUCAUAGUCCAUGUUUAAGUAACAGUAACGUGAUAAAAAAAAAAUGAACAUAGAAGAAGAAAAUUUAUUACACCGAGUGACAAACUAAUGGAACUAUUUCGAUAAAGUUAAUAAAUAACACAGAGAUAUUGUGACGAUUAUUAUUCAUGUAACUGUGUGUAGCCUGUAAUUACAUGUACAUACAUAUUCGUAAUACCAUUUGUCGUUACUCCAAUUGACUCCAAUCUUCAAUACAUUUAGAUAGACCAUGAAUUUCUUCAAGUUGCCGCUAAUUGAGUAGAUACACAAGUUUGUCUUGAUGAUCCGGGAAAAUGAGUUGUAUCUAUGUACUUCUUAAAUCAAGAACUUGAUACUAUUACGUAUUUUUAGUGAUUCUGGUGCAAGAUCAGAUACGUAUGAUUGUGAUAUUUGUAACAGAAUUGCGAUGACUCUGUGAUCGUUAGUAUAACCUUAAUGUCAGCGUAUUAAAUAAAUGCGCACGUGAUUCGGGUUAUACAGUAGUUCUUCUCCACAGUGUACAUACAUCGAUAUUGCAUAUUAAUUAGAAUUGUUAGUAUCCAUGAUAUUAUUUCUAUUUCUUUAUGGUAUGACAAGUAAAUUUUACUAUACACUAUUACGACAUAUAUAAUAUAUUGCAUCGCUUGUUAUUACACAUAAGAAGUAAACCCUUGUAAUUUGUUAAUGUUCGUUGUUAAGUUGUAUUUAUAAAAGCAUCAAACCGCGUUGCCGAAAAUGACUUCGCCGUUUACAUGUAUUACGUGUCGUGUGGCGUUUCGAGAUUUGGAGGUGCAAAGGCAGCACUAUAAGUCGGACUGGCACAGGUAUAACUUAAAGAGAAAAGUAGCAGAGCUGCCUCCUGUUACCGUAGAAGAAUUCCAAAAGCGAGUUAUCGCGCAAAGGAACAAGGACGAUGAAGAAAGAAAAGAAGAAUUAACGAAUUGUAAGAUAUGCAGAAAAAGUUUUAAUACAAAAAAUCAAUACGAGAAUCAUCUGGUGUCGAAGAAACACAAGGAGAAAUGUGCAAAACAAAGCAUAGUAGGAAAUCCAAAUGAAGAUGCUGAUGAUACAAGCAAUUCUUCUCCGGGUCCUGUGUUAAAGAAUGAUAUUCAAAAAGGAGGUUCUAGCCGUAGCGGCAAGCGAUCAGCAGAGGAAAUGGAAGUAGAUUCUGACAUAGAAUCUGUGGACUCGGACGAAUGGAUAGAAGACACAGAAAACCCGAUAAAAAAUAAUGAUUGCUUAUUCUGCGAUCAUCAUAGUAGGUCUUUGGUGAAGAAUUUAAAGCAUAUGACUGUUGCACAUUCGUUCUUUAUACCAGAUCCUGAAUAUUGUACAGAUAUUAGAGGUUUGCUCACGUACCUUGGAGAAAAGAUAUUUGCUGGCUACAUGUGCAUUUGGUGCAAUGAUACUGGAAAAAGCUUCCAAAGUACUGAUGCAGCUAGAGCGCACAUGGUGGACAAAGGACACUGUAGGAUGUUGCACGAAGGAGAUGCGCUUGCUGAAUAUUCAGAGUUUUAUGAUUACUCAUCCAGUUAUCCGGAUGCAGAAAAUUGUGACACAGAUGCGGAAGUUGAAAUACCAGAAUUAGACGACAGUGAUUAUCAACUGGUUUUGCCAUCCGGGAAUGUUAUUGGUCAUAGAUCCCUGAUGAGAUAUUAUAAACAAAAUUUAAAUCCAAACAGAGCAGUCGCAGUAUCGAAAAAAGAGAAAUUACGAAAAGUACUGUUACAAUAUAGAGCUCUUGGAUGGACAGAAACACAAAAAGAUAUUGCUAUUAAGAAGGCUAGGGACAUAAAAUACAUGCAAAGAAUACAGGCUAAGUAUUCUACGCAGUUACAAUUUAAAGCAAAUAAACUGCAAAGAUACUUUAGACCCCAAGUAAACUUUUAGAUAUCCCUAGUAUAUGUAUAAAUAUUGUUGCAAGAUUGCAUUCCUCUUAAACUUUAGAAUUUUUAUGCAGAACGAGUUAUUAGGCGUGCUUAUUGCGUUGCAUAUUUAUACAUUUAUCGCUGAAAUAAACUUGUACUUAUUUAAUUGAAAUCUGCACUUUAAUAUUUGUUAAUUAUAACUACACUGCAGAUUUUUAUAUAAAUAAAAUUUCUUUUAGAUUAAAUGAAGAUACUCGAAAAAAAAGUCAAAUGAAAACUUUCGUUCAGUUUAAUUCUGUACACAUUAUUUACAACUUGGUGUGUAAAAAGAAAAAUAAUGAAAAAAUAUUUUCAUGUUCAUGUAAAAAAUACGAUUUUAGUUUGCCUUAGGUUCAUGACUUUUCAGUGUAAAGAUUAAAUUUUACAUAAAAAUCGGUAGUUUAGUUACGGUUAUUGGGUUGAGUCAUGAACUCGAGAAAAAAUUCGCUAUUAAAAUUAUUGUUAUUAAGUUCACUAACAGUUACUGCCAUGACUCAUCCCAGUAUUGUUGCACUCUAGAAUCAAAAGGAUAUACACGUUACAAAGCCAUCAGUAAUUAUAAACUGUAAUAUUUAUUUGGCGGAUAUUCUUACAAAAUAACUUGUAAUAUAUUUUCGUAACAUGUGAUAUCAACAAAAAUAUUCCUUGUCACUUUU